CCUCCCGCUAUCAACACAACCACCACCACCACACCACACCACAACACACCACACCACCAGAGCAACCUCACCACCUUGCUCACCAAUACCCAUACUAACCACCUCGGAGAAUACCAAAUACAGGCAGGCUGGGUGCAGGUCACACAUCAUGUCAACCAAAAUGUAUGUCCGCUUUCAUUCCCGAAUCUCACGCUCUGGAUCCCUUCCGAGGGAAUAUUCGCCAACCUCCGCAAUGGAAGGCAAAGCUGACCGCAUCACAGCAUUGUCCUGGGAGACCCUCAUGGCGAAAUUCAAUCCACCCUCACCCAGUUAACUAAACUUCACACCAAGAAUAACUUCGCCUUUGCGCUCGUUACCGGCAAUUUAUUCUCGGAAGACAAUGACGAAGUAUCGCAAUUGCUCGACGGUCGACUGACUGUGCCCCUCCCAACCUAUUUCACCAUUGGCACAAAUCCGCUUCCAGCGAGGAUCAUUGCGAAAAUUGAGGCCGAAGAAGAGGUUAUACUUGAUUCACCACUUUCUGUUCUGCAACGUGCAAGUGCUGACUGGUUCAAAUAGAUAUGUCCCAAUUUCCAUUAUCUGGGCAAACGAAGUACGACGAAAACUUCUGAGGGCAUCAAAAUUGUGGCGUUGGGAGGGCAAUUGGCUGAGUCCAUCAUAGGUGGAACUUCCAAAGAGCAACACCUACCUUUUCAUACCAUUGGAGAUGCUAAAGCUCUGUAUGGCGCCAACCAGGCCGAUAUCCUUCUUACGUCGGUGUGGCCGGAUGCGAUCAGAGCGGGAUCCAAAGUACCAGUUCCUGAAGGAGUCACAGAUAUCGUCGGUCAGGGGCAAAUCGCCGAUUUGUGCGCUGUUCUCAGACCUCGCUAUCAUUUCGCCUCUUCUCCCGAGUUCUUCUUUGAAAGAGAACCCUUCUUCUAUCCUCCUACGGGUCCAAAUGAGGAUUCACCAUAUGUCUCUUCAGUCACGCGCUUCAUAUCUCUAGCGGCUCGUGGAAAUGCGACGAAGCAAAAAUCUGUAUACGCGUUUACCUUGCAGGCUUCAGUUGAUCCGUCAGUACCAAUUCCACCAGGUUCAACCCGGUCUCCUUUUUUAUCUAGGCCGAAUCCCAAAAAGCGACGCGCCCUUGAUCCUGAACCUUAUUCCCGGUAUGGAAAUGGUCAUGACAGAAGAUCAAGAGGACCAAAGCGGCCAAGAGGGCCUCCCCCAGGUCCUGACCAGUGUUUUUUCUGUCUUUCAAAUCCGAACGUCUCUGAGCAUUUGGUUUCUUCAAUCGGAGACCAUUCGUAUCUUACCAUUGCCAAAGGUCCGUUGACCACUUCAGAGACCAACGCUGCUCUAGGUAUCGAUUUUCCUGCUCAUGCUUUAAUCAUCCCACUCACCCACUCACCUACUCUGGCUGUCAUGCAAGAAGAGGCGGAGGCGGCUUUUACGGAAAUGACAGAAUUCAAGGACUCUUUACAGUCAAUGAUUGCUAAGCUGAGCAGCAACAAACUAGGAGCGGUGACUUAUGAAAUUAGCAAAGGUAAUGGAGUUCACGUCCACUGGCAGUUGGUCCCCAUCGAUCAGGAGAUUAUCCGCCAAGGGCUUGUAGAGGCCGCGUUUCGCGUUGAGGCUGAAAACUCGUCGUAUCCCGCAUUUGAAGUUCGCGAUCCUGGAGUUGGUCAAAAUGAUGGUGAUUUCUUCCGAGUUUGGAUUUGGACACCAACAAGUGAUGAAGAGCCGCUUGGCAGUACCAAAUGUCUGACCAUGCCAUUUGACUAUACGAACAAGUUCUCUAUUCAAUUCGGUCGGACCGUGCUGGCAAAGCUGCUAGGUUUGCAGAAAAGAGGAGAUUGGAAAGAGUGCGCUCAGACUGUGGACGAGGAGAAGAAAGACAUGGAAGCAUUUAAGGUUGGAUUUGGAGAAUUCGACUUCACGGCGUAA